AUGGCUGAUAUUGCGGCAAAAUUCGCAGAAAAUGAAAUUACACCUAAUAUUAUCGCAAAUCCACCAGCAAAAUUACUUAAUUGUAACUGGGAUGGUAUACAAGUUCAACCUGGUCAAACGAUGUCACCACGGAAUCUUCGCUUUGCACCACGUGUUACUUUGGAUGUUGAUCCAGAAUCGACAUUUUCCAUGAUCAUGAUCGAUCCUGAUAAUCUGUCACGAAAGAAUCCAUCCGUUGCUGAAUGGCUUCAUUGGCUGGUAGUGAAUAUCCCCGCAAGCAAUAUUCAGGAAGGCAUUAAUGGAGGACAACAUCAGAUGGCAUAUGGAAGUCCUGCACCACAACCUCGUACCGAUUUACACCGUUACAUAAUUCUCCUAUAUGAACAUCAAGGACGGCGAAUACAAGUGCCGAAAAUCAACAGCAGAGCUAAAUUCAACACGAAGCAAUUUGUUGAAAAACAUAAGUUAGGUGAUCCAAUUGCUGGCAACUUUUUCCUGGCGCAAAAUGAAGGUUGA